CGGCAUUUUCGAUUCACGCCGGAGUAUAACGAAUUGUUGGUCGUCUGAUCAUUUCCAAUUCAAUUUUCAAUCUGCAUGGGGUGUGAGGAAGAGGAACUUCGUCAACUUUUAUCGAUAUCAGUUCGAUAAAGGGGAGUGUUGUAAGAUAACUUUAUCAUGGAUGGAAACACAUUCAUGAAAACGUUAACAAAUUGGGGUUUGGAGGCAUAUGUUGGGAGAUUCAUUGAUGAAGGCAUAGAUGACUCAAGUUUUAUGUUAUUAGAUGAUGAGACAAUUAACAAAAUUUUUGAUAAGGCUGGACCCAAACUAAUUUUUAAAAAUAAGUUCAACGAAAAUAAGGAGAAUUUCGGAAAUAAUUUAGAUAAGAGUCUACAAGAAUUCAACUCGGAGAAGAUUGACGAGGCAUGCCAGUCUCAAAACAAGACACUUUAUUCUUACUCAAUUACCAAUUUACUUUCUCCAUCUUCAUGUUCUACAUCUACAAUAUCAAACGUUGUAUCAUAUGAACCAGACGAAGAACUUCUAUCUAUUCUAGAGGAUUCUGAUAAUUGUAGUAGUAGUAGUACUCCUAAGAGAGGAAGAUUUGAAUCUAAGAGCUCCAUAUUCUCAAAAAGUUCACUGGAGGAACUGUUGAAAACAAGCACAGAUGGAAAGCUUAUUCUACUCCAUCGUCGUAAAUUAUGUAAUGAUUUGAGACAAAAACUCUGUAAAAUCAUUAUUAAUGAUUUGUUUUCUUCAAGCUAUUGCUUGAGUCCUGAGAUUAAGAAGAGUAUAUUUGAGACAGCUGCUGAAGAUAUCGUAGCCCUCUUCCCAAGUGAAGAGAAAGAAACAUAUUAUAUUCCUUAUUCCUCAUCCAGUAAAGCAGGCAUUCGCCAAGCAGCAAGAGGAAAAUUAUGGUCCAAAUAUAUCAACGUGAAAGCCGCUCUAAGGUUGGCAAAUAAAAGUUUGGUUGUCAAAGAAUUACCAAGUACCCCAUGCGAACCAUCUGUAGUGACAGACCCUGAAGUUAGUACUGCACUAUCAUUUUUGAGAGCAGGCAUAGAGCCUAAAGUAAAAGUGAUAAGCGCUUGGGAAAGUACUGUUAAAGUCAGGAUUAAACAGUAUUCUGACCCUCAAUCAGAUAAUCCAUUUGAUAUAUUUCCUUGCCUAAGGAGCCCAUAUGGUUUGGAACUGCUGGAAUCUGAUUUUCAUUUUUCAUAUCCUGAAAAAGUUGACGUGAUCUAUUUGAACUGGGACAAAAUAACUACUGCUAUUUUGGAAGAGGUUAAGGAAAGAAAAAUAGAAUUGAUUCCUUCCAAAGACAAAAAUACACAGGCAUUUCUGACACUUCCCUUUUUAUUCUCCCCAGUAACAAUGAAAAAAAACAGUAAGGAUCUUACAAAAAACUGGAGACCAACUAGAGUUGAAGUUCAAAACAGUUUUUUCUUUCAAGUCAAAACCAUCGAUGAGAUUAAUGAAAUUUGUGAAAGAAGAAAAUUACUUUUGGAAAAAUUUGGUGUACCGAUGCAACCUUUCUCGACAUAUUUAGAAGAAGAAAAUAUCUAUGUAAUUUCAAUUAAUGGAAAUCGUUUUAAAUGUGAAUCUUGUGUAAGAACAAUUGAACUUCUCUUCAAAGCAAUUCAUGCCCUAAAUUUGGAAUAUGCUGCUGAGUCCAAGCACAUAUGGCAAUUCAUAGAAGAAAUGCUAUUUCAAAUGCCAGUUCUGGGUAAAACUAGCAGUACUUCUGCUGUAAUUGGUGACAUCAAAUUACACCUGAAUAAGUAAGUAGGAGUAAAUGUUCAAUUAGAAAAAUGCCUUGCUGCUCAUUCUGUUCCAACAGAUUUUAUGGCCUAAAAUCGCUGAUGUCUCACUUCAAACAUUUUCACAAUUUAUGUAAUGUAUCAAGAUUAUUCUUAUAUUGCAUGAAAUAAAUGUUUUUAAGUUGUCCUAUAUUUGUACCUAUGUUGAUUUGUGAUAUUUUUAAACUUCAGAACCAAAGAUUUGAUGUCAUAUAGAUUUGAGUUUCAACUUUCAUUAUAUGUUUUACUAUGCAGGGUGAGUCAGUUGUUCGUAGCAGGACUUCACCAUCAGAUAUAAAACUGUUUUUUAUCACUGAAAGUUCCUUUAAACAUGUAUUAUUAUAUAUUAUAUUAUAGUUUAUUCAAUAUUUCACUAUAUUUUAUAUUUAUAUACUCUUAUAUUGAGUAUAAUCAUAUACUAUACUCAAACUUUGAAUCAAGUUGUAACACAUUUCUUUUUGUGAAUGCCUUUGUUAUGAAUGAGUUCUGUUUGAGAAUAUAUGUUUUAUUAUAUUUUUGUUCAUAAUUCAAUGAAAUA